CGGGGAUUUGGGGCAGACGCGUGUUGAUUGGCGGAGCAGUGAGGAGCAGAGUGUCACACUGUGUGGAUGGACCGCACGGCGUGUUAAAAGCUCCAGCACACGGGAUCGAGCAGACGGACUGAGAGCAUCAUUCAGUUUAACGUGUGAGUGAAAAACCCGCUACAGCUGCUGCAGAUCUCGGGAUGGUGACUGUCCCGGAGACAGGGGUGGACUGUACUACAUCAUACCUUUAAGUUUUUACCACACACACACACACACACACAGAGACAGGAGCAUUGACCGAUCCAGUGUCUGGUCCGUGCGGGAUGGCGCGCAGGCUGAGCUCGCUCUUACUGGGGUGUCUGACAUGGCAGUUGUGCGCGCUCGGUGCACGCGGAGAGUACUGUCACGGCUGGCUGGACAACAGCGGGAACUACCACGAAGGCUUCCAGUGUCCGGAGCACGUGGACACGGCGGACGCGGCGGUGUGUUGCGGGAGCUGCGCGCUGCGGUACUGCUGUGCGGCCACGGACGCGCGCCUGGACCAGGGCGGCUGCACCAACCACAGGGACAGCGAGCACACGGAAUACACACCACAACCUAUCUACAUGCCGUUCCUGAUGGUCGGCUCCAUUUUCGUGGCGUUCGUCGUGAUUGGCUCGUUGGUGGCCGUGUACUGUUGUACGUGUUUACGGCCCAAGCAGCCGACACCGCAGCCGAUCCGCUUUUCCCUGCGGAGCUGCCAGGGCGAGACCAUCCCCAUGAUCCUGACUGCAGGGACGGUGCCGACUAACCUGCGCGCACCUUCACGCCAGUCCAGCACGGCUACCACCAGCUCCAGCAGUGCCGGCGGGGGCAGCUCUCUGCGCCGCUUCUCUCUGGGCAGAUCUGAUGCUCUGGGACUCCAGCAGUCUUCACAGCAGCUCCUGUUGGCCUCAGCCUCGUCGGUUUCCACGCCGGUGUCCCUGGCACCGCCUCAGUCCUUACUGCCUCCUCCACCUCCACCUCCAUACUCGUCUCCGCAGUGCCUGCAGGGCAGCGUCUCCUACGUGCACACACACCAGCACGGCCACCAUCAGAGCCUCCACACGGCUCAGAGCUCCAACCUCCUCCUGUCCCAGCAGUACUUCUUCCCCCUGCAGCCAGAGCCGUUCGGUGGGAGUAAAGGCUUUGCGGAUUUCAGCCAGAGCUGAUAUGGAGCUCAGGAUCGAGGAGCAGGAAACUGGAGCUGCUGUAAACUUGUGCGACACACACACACACACACACACUCUUUCCUGAGCCUGAACUUGAAUACAAUAUGCAGUGAUGCUUCAUUUGGUUGAAGCUGAAAAGCUGCUGAAACUCACAGGAGCGAGACAGGCACAUAACUACAGAGGAAAGCACAAUAAUUUUGGCUGGAACUAAUGCCAGGGAAAGCACACAGGCCCCUGUUUGCACCUCUUAAGUUAUAUUCGAUCUAUGCACUUUUAUUGUUUUCUAUAAAUAUUU